GGAAGAGUUUCAGUUUUGAGGAUGGAGAGCGACCAGUCAGAUGUCCUCACUGAGCUGUGAGCUACAGACUUUAUAGCAUAUUCGUGGGAUCAUUAUGACCAACUUCAACUGAAAAAAGCUACACUUUUAUUUACAUUUUAUUACUUUAAUCAGUGGAGGACAAAAGUCAGAAUGAGCAGAGACGGAGAUAAGAGCGCAAAGACAGUCCUCAGGAGCCAGAAACAAGCCAGGACGCAGCAGCAGGUUUCUGUCCCGAAGAAGAAGAAGGACCCGUCUCCUAAGGAUGAAAUCUCCAAAGACUCACAGUUAGGAAACGACAGCAGCAAGGAGAUUAAAUCAGCGGGAGUGCAGGGGAAACGAGCAGGGAAAGUGUCUGCAGGUGCCACGCUGGAGGGUCAGAAGAGCCCCACUGCGCAGAGGAAACUCUCCGACGCCAGUAACGCUUCAGAGGACCUAAGCAAAGACUCCGGCUGUCUGUCCGGGAAACUCUCUUCUGACAGCAGCUCAGAGAUCUCAGACUACACCUCUGAUAGCAACAAGCAGGAGUCUCCGAGCUGUGACAGUGAAUUAAGCUGGACAGACGGAGGAGCUUAUGUGAGGCCGGACAGCGAGGGCGCUGGAGACGCAAAACCGUGCGUAAAGGCAUCGAGGGAUCCGUGCGCCCUCCAGCCGGAUGCUGCUGGAGGAGGAAUCCGUUUGUUUGACUCCUCGGGGACGUUUUUCGAACUCAUGAUGGGGGAGACGACCGAUGAUCUCGUCAGGGAGGUGGAAGAUCUGAGAUCAGAGAACGAGUAUUUAAAAGAUGAGGUGGAGGAGCUCCGCUGUGAGAUGCUGGAGAUGCGUGACAUGUUCCAGGAGGAGGAGGUGUACCAGCUGCAGGAGCUGCGGCUGCAGCUGGAGCAGGCCAACAAGACCUGUCGCAUCCUGCAGUACCGUCUCCGCAAGGCCGAGCGCCGCAGCAUCCGGGUGGCUCAGACAGGACAGGUGGACGGGGAGCUGGUCAGGAGCCUGGAGCAUGAUAUCAAGGUUGCAAAGAGCGUCUCCCUGCGGCUGUACAACGAGCUGGAGGUUGUGCAGAAGAAGAACGCCCAGCUGGAGUGGGAAAAUGAGGCACUGCGGGAGAAGACACAGGAACAAGAAGUGGCCAAACAGGUGUUACAAGCGGAGAUGGACAAAGCUAGAGAGGGCUCCCUGAAAAAGAGGAGCAUCCGAUCCUCCGUGAGUAAGGCUGAGAAAAGGCUCUCUCAACAGAUCGAGGAUGACAGUGCUGAUCUGAGGUGCCAACUCCACUUUGCCAAAGAGGAGUUAACUCUCAUGUGCAAGAAGCUCACCAAAUUGGUUUCAGAGAGUGAGGCGAUGAGAGAAGAGCUGGCCAAAUACCGCUCAGCCUAUGGUGAUCUGGACGCCAGCCAGUUUCCCGAAGGCAAACGACACUCUGCUCGUGCCAGGGAGGCAGAGGUCAAAGUUCACCUCAAACUGGUGGAAGAAGAAGCCACGCUCCUGAGCCGACGCAUUGUUGAACUCGAGGUGGAGAACCGUGGACUGCGGACAGAAAUGAGCGACCUGAGGGAGAAAACUGGAAAAGGAGGGGAAGAGGAAGAAGAAGAGAAUCGGGAUGUGUGUGAGGAAAACCUGGUAGCUUCUACGCAGGUGAAGGAGAGAGAAGGAAGAGAGCAAAGUGUGAAAAAAGGAUGCAAAACAUAUAAGAAGUGUCAAGAAAAGAAUGCAGAAAAAAGUAAAAGUAAUGUUGAGAAAUCCCAGCGAGACAAUCAAUCACGGACUGAGAGGACAAUGACUGCUUGUAAGAUAACCCAAGAGGGACCAGUGGGUGGGAAGUGUGACCCUUCAGACACUCCUGAGAGUGAAAACAAGAAACCUGAUGGAGGUUUUAAAGGUAUGACGAUGAAAGACUAUGAAGCUCUUCUGGCUCUCAGAGAUCAUUCCUGCAUUUUAAGUUCGGCCAUCCAGCUCUUGAUGGCUCCAACAAAAAAUGGCCACUCCUCAUCUCCCUCAAGUGCUUUCACCUCUCCAACAGAGGACUCAAACAGCAAGGCGCAGAAGUCAUCUCCACCAGGGCCUUUGAACGAGGCUCUGGAGCUACUUCAGGCCAUGCUUCUGACUUUCAUAGGGAGACUGGAGACUCUUCUUACAGGAGAAGAUUCAGACAAACUCUGUGUUCACACAGACAGACAUGUGUUGGAAUCCAACGCUUUCUCUUUUCUGUCUGGAGAUCAUGACACUCAUUCUCUGAGUAAGCAGGUGGAUGCUGAAGAUCUAUGCACCACAGAGGUUAAAGAGAAGGAAAAACAAACCGGACAAGGACCUUCCACGCAGUUGGACCUCGUUAGCAGCUGCAGGGACCCAAAAAUGCGCCUUACGUUACAGAUUCUGUGGAUCCUGCAUCAGUGGUGUCAAACCAAAGGAUCCAGGCUUGAGGGGAAAGAGGGUAAAGACAAAACCAUGUCUGUGCUGCAUGGAUUGUUGCAAAACAUCAGCACAGAGCUCCAGGGUGAUCCGAUGGACUUUGGCAGUCAAGCCAAGGCCACACAAGGCAAGGCAUCUGAGUGUGCCAUCAGCAGCAUCUUCAGUGACAAACGCCGCUCUGAAGCUAACAGAACUUACAGCUCGACUUGGAGAAGGCGGCGGUUUCCUUCACACGGCUGUAAAAGGAAGAACUGGUGCUAUGUGUGUCAAGAUGCUGCCCAGCUGGACAGAGAGGACCCGGUUAAGACGUGGGACCAUCUAAUCAUGCCGCCCAGCUUCCCUGAUCUCGACUUUGAGCAGAUGUUCCUGGAGAGGAGCCACACCGCCCCAGAGAGGUCAGCCUUUCGCAUCUACUACAGCCCUCCGUCCGCUCGCAGGGUCCAGCUGGCUCAGCUGAAGCAAAGCCCUGUCACAGACAGAGAAUCCUUCAACUCAGCCUCUCCCUGGUGCACGCCGCCGACCUCCUUCUCUCAGCUCUGUCUGGGCUCGGCUAAUAACUUGAGCGAUGACAUGAAAGAAAUGACGGCCAGCUGGAAGCAGGCGUUUCAGAGUGGUUCACAGGAGGUGAGAGGGAGACUUCAAGGGAGGCCAAAGGAGGGAGUCUGCUCAUGUGCUCAGACCCCCAUGAAGCCUCAGAUGGUGAGUGUAGCUCUGCAGACAGAAGGGACACAAGGGUCAGUAACCACAAGAAGCAGUCCAUCCCGAAUCCGGAGCCCUGCCCUGGUCUCUUCUCGCUCUCACCAUAUCUCCACCUCACUGGACAGCUCACCAAGCAGAGUGGAGAGGUCCAGAUCCUCACCUAAACUGUACCGCAGACACUCUGCAUCCAGUGCAUCUUCUCCUCCAUCAUCCACUAACAUGAGCUCCUCCUCCUCAACCCAGUCUACCACCAGAGACCGAGCACUUUGGAAUCUGGCUCACCAAAGCAACACCGGCCUCUCGUGGACCCGACAGACCAGCCUCAGAGGACAGAACCAGAGUUCUGUGAGCAGCACAAAGCCGCCCAGCAAACCUGCGGGAGCCAAUCGUUACGGCAUGGUCACAGAGUUCCUGCGCAGGGUGAGCGGCCGAGCAGAUAAACCAGCUCCGGGGUCCGGGCAGAAGAUGAAGAGCGGGCUGAAGACUCUGGAACGUGUUCCAACAAGGCCUCCAGCUGCUCCGCUGCACAGGAACGACAGCGUGACGCGGAUUGUCAACCAGAGGUUCAUGAAACAGAGAGAGGAGGCCGGUCGGGCUCAGAAGGAGGAGAAGGGAGGCAGCUUGAGCCAGAGUGUCCGACACAGCCAGAGCCAGAGUACCACCACCUCAGAGGAAGGAAACUACGACUGCAGCUCCAGCAGCACUUUGACUUUCUGCUUCUCCCGUCCUUCACGCUCCACACCAAGACAAACAUCGAAUCAGAGUAAACUCCCGCUCCACAGAUACUCUCCGCCAGCGAGCGUGACUGGAGACUCCAGCUGUGAGUGAGCAGGAGGAGAAUCAGCAGCUAUAGUGAUGCUUCAGGACAGCUGAAAGCAGUAACAGCCAUGGAUAAAGAAUUUAAGAUGUAAUGUUCAAACGUAAACGCAGCUGUAAGGCAGGAUGGUUGAACUGUGGGACAGUUUGUGGGAUGUUGACAGAGGGAGCUGUGAGUGAAUUUAUAGCUAAACCUCAAGUUUUCUUAAGGUGCAAUUCACACUCGUCUUCUGCAGACUGGCUUACUCUUCAUUUCUAUCACUUCAAACUCAAAUCAUAUUUACAGUUUUUAAACAUUAUGUAAAACUAAUUUUGCACUUGUAUUCUGAAUUUAAAUUGUAAUUAUUUUAUAUAUCUUUAUGUUAUUUUGUAGAGUAUAACCUCAUGUUGUAUUGAUUAAACUUCUUCAAUCUGAUC